AUGAAGAUGAUGAAUUUGUCUCAUGAAGAUCCAAGUAUUUCUCAAGUCGACACAAACAACAACACUCCAGGUUCUUUAUCAAGUAUGAAUCAGCAUUUGAAAUCUUCAACUACUCCAGCAAGUAGCCAUGCUACUACUGCAGUUGGUGGUGCAGGUGGUGCAGGUGGUUCCACUGACGAUGGCAGUGGAUUGCACUCUCAUUAUCAACAGCACAAUCCAAUUGGCGCUUCUUCUGUUCAUCAGCAACAUCCAGGAACUGCUGCUCCAACUGCUUAUGGAUAUGACGCUUCUGGUCAUUUGAAUGGAGCUACUCACUUGCAACCACUUCAACAACAACCAAUUCAACACUUGCCUAUGCACUCACUUCCCCAACAAACUCACCAUUACCCAAUCCAUUCAUUGGGUCAACAGGGUCACUCUCAGCUGCACACUCCCCAAAUCUCCUACCAACAACAACAGGCCGCAGCUGCAGCAGCUGCCGCUCAAGGACAAGCACCUUAUGGAGGACAAAAUCCACUCCAUCAACAGAUGCACCAUCAAUUGAUGACACCAAACCCAUAUCAACAACAUUACCAGCAACAGCAAUUGCCUCAUUUGCAUGCUACAGCUGGAAGUGGUGCUGGCGGUGCUGGUUCUGGUGCUCAUGAUUCUCAUGACCAUCUUAAUCUUCAAUUUAACCCAAUGGCCUACCAACAGCAAUCUCAACAACAACAAUUGCACCACUUGGGCCAUCAGAUCCCAAAUGUUACCCAACAGCAACAGGCACAAACACAACAACCAACUCCUUUGCCACCUCAAUUACACCAUCUUGCACAUAAUCCACUUUCUCAAUCAUUGCCAAUUUCCCACCAUCAAACUCCUCAGCCAACACCACAACCACAGGGAACCAAUGCAAGACAACCACGUCAAACUAAGAAGCAGAAGCAGCAACAACAACAAGCUGCUGCCGCAGCAGCUGCACACUUGCAUCUGCAUUCCGGCAGUAUUGACCCCAAUGCUCAUGACCACGGAGCUCUUGAUGCACACACCUUGGCACAACAGCACCACAUGGAGAUGUUGGCCCGUGCUAGUCAAAACGAAAUGAUGGAAUCAUCAACUAGAAAAGUAGCUCCUAGAUCAAGUGAUUUGUUUAGAGUUGGACCUCCGUUUGGUAUGAUGAAACAACAUGCACCAGUUUACUGUAAAGCCAACGAUAUGCAAGUGUUUCCUAUGUUGCACGCCAGAGUUGAUCGUGGAUUUGAAAUGGGUGAAACUGGUACCUGGAUUGGAUAUAAACGUAACUACUUCACUUUGGUUGCUUCAUUCAAUUUACAAGAUUUUGACUUUACUCGAUUUGUUCAAAAUCAAUUCUAUACCUAUGAUAAAUCAAAAGGGUUGAAUGGCAACGGAUUGCAUCAUCACCCACAUCAUCCACACGCAGCUCAACCUCACCAUCAUCCACAUCACCCUCACCACGCUCAUCAUGCUGGUGAAACAAGAUUGGACAUUAGUUAUUUUGCCAUUCGUUUAGUUGCCAAAUGUUCUGAUGAUGAUGUUGCCAUUUCAUUAAUCCAACACACUGCUAAAAGAGACAAAGGUCCUCAAUUCCCACCACCAAUCUACCCAGCUUUACCUGGUGAUUUACCUGACCAUGAGACUGUCAAGGCCAGUUGUAAUAAGCGUAACGGUAACAAGAUUGAAAACAUGAACAAGGUGUUUUUCUUUGAUCGAGCCUCAUAUUAUGGUGAUUACGGAUUGGAUAGUAAUAAGGACCGUUCAAUCUUGCGUAACUAUCCUAGCGAUUCCAUAUCAAAAGUUGCUCGUUUUGAACGUAUUCAAUUUACAAGUUCAAUUAGAGUUAAGUCCACUAGCACUGCUGCCCGUUAUUUCACCUUAUCGUGUGAGUUGUUGGGAAUUGUGGAAGAUGAGGAUUCACAAAUCCAACCAAUCUUGUUGGGAUCGAUUGAGUCACCACCUUUGGUGAUUAGAGGUAGAUCCCCUUCGAGUUAUCAUAAGGAUAGAACUUCGGGGUACAGACCGCCAAACACUGCCUCACCUGCAGGCCCAUAA